AACCUCAUCAAAUUAGCUUAUUCCUUCCUUCCCUGUCUUCCUCGCACAAAGAGCACUUUCUACAUAUAUAGAGAGAUAUGCCAAGCAUGCCGGCCAUCUCAGCCGCCACCGGAGCGGCGCCUCCGCCGGCGAAGGUCGUCGUCGAGGACAUCUACGGGUUCCUGCGCGUCCUCGACGACGGCACCGUGCUCCGGUCGGCGGCGGAGCCGGCGUUCUGCCCGACCACCUUCCCCGACAGCCACCCGUCCGUGGAGUGGAAGGAGGCCGUGUACGACAAGGCCAAGAGCCUCCGCGUCCGCAUGUACAGGCCGUCGGCGGCAGCCGGCGGGAACAAGCUGCCGGUGCUCGUCCACUUCCACGGCGGCGGCUUCUGCCUCGGGUCGUGCACGUGGGCCAACGUGCACGCGUUCUGCCUCCGCCUCGCCGCGGAGGCCGGCGCCGUCGUGCUCUCCGCGGGGUACCGCCUGGCCCCGGAGCACCGCCUCCCCGCGGCGGUCGACGACGGCGCCGGAUUCCUUCGCUGGCUCCGCGAGCAGUCCGCGAACCCCGCCGCGGGCUCCAACGCCUGGCUCGCCGAGGCCGCCGACUUCGGCCGCGUGUUCGUCACCGGCGACUCGGCUGGCGGCACCAUAGCGCACCACCUCGCCGUGCGCGCCGGCUUGGCCGCCGCGUCCACCACCAAGCGCGGUGAGCCCGGCCCCGACGUCGACCCGGUCACGGUCCGGGGCUACGUCCUCCUGAUGCCGUUCUUCGGCGGCGUCCGCCGGACGCGGUCGGAGGCCGAGUGCCCCGCGGAGGUGCUCCUGAACCUGGACCUGUUCGACCGGUUCUGGCGGCUGUCGCUGCCGGCCAGCGCCACCAGGGACCACCCGGCGGCGAACCCGUUCGGGCCGGACAGCCCCGACCUUGCCGCGGCGGACGUCCGGCCGGUCUUGGUAGUGGCCGGCGGCCUCGACAUGAUGCGCGACCGCGCCGUGGACUACGCCCAGCGGCUGGCGGCGAUGGGCAAGCCGGUGGAGCUCGCCGAGUUCGCCGGCGAGCCGCACGGGUUCUACACGCUGGACCCGGGGUCCGAGGCCACCGGCGAGCUGAUCGGCCUCGUGAGCCGAUUCGUACGCAGCUGCUGCGUCGCGGCGCCGAAAGGUUAGCUAGCUCGGUGCAUGCAAGUGCCACGUAAUAAGCCAGCGUCAAGGUUCGUGCGUGCAUGAUGCAUGCAUAGUAUUUUGGGAAGUGCAACAGGCUUGUGUACUGUAGUUCAGUUGAUGCCACGUGUCAGCUUGCGAGGAGAGUUCAAAUCGGCAGGAUUGUCAGUCACAAGUAGUGUCUGUGCUGGUGUGGUGUACUGGUGUGCCAUCCCUAUCAAUGAAAAAAAACUUCAGGUGAGGAUGUUCUUCA